AUGAGUGUGCGCGAGCGUGCUGUGGUGCUCAUCGACGGGCCCGCCUUGGUACACCGCUGGUACCACCGCUGGAGCUACACUAGUAAGAAGACCCCAGUCGAUGUGAAGCGGUUCACCAUAACGAACGCACGACACAUAAUUGCCACAGCGCACAGCUUUGAUCCCAGUCACCUGAUGCAGCAUCUGUUGUCUCCCCAGGUGGAGUACGCCCACACCCCGAAGCACAACAAAGUCAUCAUCUGCUUCGACCAGGGUGAUGGCGGACGUCGUGAGAUGUACUCGCAGUACAAGGCAAACCGCGAGGAACGCGAACAUGGUCCGGAGCUCUCAGUAAUCAAGAAAGUGGCGACUAAGGUGUUCAUGGGAGAGCCUAAGAACACCCUUCUCAUUGUCCCAGACUUCGAUGCAAAACUCAAAAAAGUUGAUGCAGAAGCGGACGACAUGAUCGCCACAUUGGCUUUGUACAAUCAGCAGUUCAAAAUACCGACAGUUGUGAUGUCGCAUGACUACGAUCUCUACCAGCUUAUCGACGAGGCAAACAAAUGUUACCACUACGAUAUUCGCACGAAGCACCUCGUGUCUGAGAAGGGUGUCAUUGAACGUGUUGGGGUGCACCCGAAACUAAUCCGGGACUACAAAUCCCUCUCUGGGGACUCCUCAGACAAUGUUCCUGGUAUAAAGGGUAUUGGUAAGACCCGCGCGCUGCAGCUUUUGAAGAAGUACGGUGACUUGGACGGUGUUCUCACAAAAGGUGUCAAAAAGCAGGGAGGACACGUUGGUGACUUGUUACGUGCUGGCGUAACCGAUGCGGAAUUGUCGCGCAAAUUAGUGGAAUUGAGGGAUUGCCCUGAAGUUCUGAAAGCGUGCGAAUCCUUCAUGAAGCUGUAG